UGCCCUAGCCCUCUCCUCUCCUCUCCUCACACUCCUCUUCUCAUUUCCUCUCUUGCCGACUGAAGCCGAUCCUCCGUAGCAGCCGAUCAAACUCCUCCACAUCUCCAAGAUCAGCCGAUCGAACUCCUUUCCUCCCUGUUUCCGUUGAUCUGCACCAAAAAGCCACCAUUAGCAGCCGUUGGACGAGUUCGACACCUGAGUAUUCAGAUUUCCAAUGCCUCACAUCAUAUGAAGGAUAGGUCGUCAAAACCGAUUAGUUUGUGAUCUAGGGUUUUUUUUUUAUUUGAGAUGGCGAGCUCGGAGGAGAAAGUGGUUGCUGUGAUCAUGGUGGGUGGACCCACCAAAGGUACUGAAUUUAGGCCCGUUUCGUUCAAUACUCCGAAGCCUCUGUUCCCUUUGGCUGGUCAGCCAAUGGUUCACCAUCCUAUCUCAGCUUGUAAAAGGAUGCCCAAUUUGGCUCAAGUUUUUCUAAUUGGAUUCUAUGAAGAUCGAGAAUUCGCGCUAUAUGUCUCUUCAAUCUCUAAUGAGCUUAAAGUCCCAGUGAGGUACUUGAAAGAAGACAAACCUCAUGGGUCAGCUGGUGCCCUUUAUUACUUUCGAGACCUGAUUAUGGAAGAUGCUCCGUCGCAUAUCUUUUUGCUGAAUUGUGAUGUGUGUUGCAGUUUUCCUCUGCCAGACAUGCUUGAGGCGCAUAGAGGGUAUGGUGGGAUUGGCACAUUGUUAGUAAUCAAGGUUUCUGCUGAAUCAGCCAACAAGUUUGGUGAGUUGGUUGCUGAUCCAAUCACCAAAGAACUGUUGCAUUACACAGAGAAACCUGAGACUUUUGUAAGUGAUUUAAUAAACUGUGGUGUUUAUGUCUUCACUCCGAAAAUUUUCAGUGCCAUUCAGGUCUCCACACACCGGGAAGACAGAGCUAAUUUACGGCAAGUGCCUAGCUUUGAAGCCCUUCAGUCAGCAACAAGGUCUCUUCCAACAGAUUUUGUACGAUUGGAUCAAGAUAUCCUGUCACCUCUUGCUGGAAAGAAGCAAUUGUAUACCUAUGAGACCAUGGACUUCUGGGAACAGAUCAAAACUCCAGGGAUGUCUUUGAAGUGUUCUGCUCUGUACCUUUCUCAAUUUCAAUUUACCUCUCCCCAUCUCCUAGCGAGUGGGGAUGGCUCUGAAAGUGCUACAAUUAUCGGUGAUGUUUAUGUUCAUCCAUCUGCAAAAAUACAUCCAACUGCUAAGAUUGGCCCUAAUGUUUCAAUCUCAGCAAAUGUUCGUAUAGCAGCAGGUGUAAGGCUUAUAAGUUGCAUCAUCUUAGAUGAUGUUGAAAUAAAGGAAAAUGCGGUAGUUAUGCAUGCUAUUGUUGGAAGGAAAUCAUCUAUUGGGAGAUGGUCGCGUGCCCAGGCUGAAGGAGACUACAAUGCCAAGCUUGGAAUCACCAUCCUUGGAGAAGCUGUGACAGUUGAAGAUGAAGUCGUGGUGACUGACAGCAUCGUUCUCCCAAACAAGACCCUUAAUGUUAGUGUGCAGGAGGAUAUCAUUCUGUGAGGACAAGGAACCAAGAUCCGGCUGGAAUUCAAUGCAGUGUUUAGUUGUGAUCCUUGAAUUUUUUUUUAUGUCGGAGAAAUCAAAUUGUGUUACUGAAGUAGAGUUUCAGUAGGGAACAAUUUUUGCCACGACACAUGAUUUUUUUUUUUUUGUUUUUUUAACACAACACAUGAUGUUUUGAGAAAGCUGAAUGGCUUUUUAUAAACUAUAUUAAUAGAAAGUGAAAAAUAAAGAGUUUUGUCAUUUUGCCUA